AUGAUCAUGAGAGAGUAUGAGACAAUGCAAGAAGCAAAGAAAGAAUUACCAAGGCGGAAAGCUGGCUUUUCCGAAGGAAGCGAGUUCGAAGUACAGACAUAUUAUGACGACACAGAGACGAUGCGAAUAUUCCGCACAGCUGCAGGAGUCCUAGGUCUGUCCAUAGACGAUAUGUGGGAGAUGUAUGGCGAAUUUCUCAUCACAUUUGCCUGCGAGACGGGCUGGGAGAAGAUGCUCGCAUGUAUGGCCAAUAAUCUUCAGGAGUUUUUGGACAAUCUCAACUCGAUGCAUUAUUUCAUCGACCAGAUCGCAUUCAAGUCUGAAAUGCGGGGACCAACUUUCCAGUGCGAAUCUAUGGGUGAAGGAGCGCUUCGGCUACACUAUUUUUCUCACAGACAGGGGCUCUUCCCGAUUGUGAAGGGUCUUGUUCAUCGCACGGCCAGACUGCUAUAUGAAAUGGAAGUCAGGGUAAGUGUGGUGGAAAGGUCUCAAGAGCGUCGGAAAAGUGGAAUGGUCGAGCAUGUCGUUUUCUCAUUGGAACCCGAUGACGAACAUCGCGCUGGAAAACGUUUGGCCUACAAGUUCAAACGUCAGAUGAAUCCAAUCAGCGAGGUCGAAGCGAAUGCAUCACUGGCAGCGCAUCUACCAAUGAACCUCAAAGACUUUGCAAGAAUUUUCCCUUAUCACAUUUGUUUCAACCGACAGAUGGUAGUCGAGCAUGUUGGUAAAUAUCUGCUAGUGGAGUACGGUCUUGCAGACAAGAAGAUGCUGAAAUUGACUGAGCUUGUGCAACUAGUGCAACCUGCUGAUAUACAGCAACUGACACACAAAAGCAUCAUGACGUACCUAAACACGUUGUUCAUCUUCCAACUGAAACAUCACUGUCGUCGCAACGAAGUGGAAAAAGGAUCAAGUCAAGCAUUCCAGCAACCACUUUCUCUCAAAGGUCAAAUGAUGCCAGUGAAUGGCGGAAAUUCUAUAAUGUUUCUUUGCUCUCCACACGUCACAUCUGUUCGGGAUAUCCUGGAUUUGAAGCUUUUUAUUUCCGAUAUGCCCAUGCAUGACGCAACUAGGGACCUGGUGAUGUUAAAUCAGAGUCGAAUAUGUCAGAUGGAGUUGAACAAGCGACUAGAGGAGACUGUGCGAAAAAUGAAGGGCUUGGCUGAGGAACUGGAGAAGAAGAAGCAACAAACUGAACAUCUUCUCUACGAGUUUGUACCGGAGGUGAUCGCAAAUGCGUUUCGUCUUGGAAAACCUGUACCACCUCAGGAGUUUUCGGACUGCACUGUGAUGUUCACUGAUGUGCCCGACUUCAUCACCAUAAACGCGAACUGCAAACCAGAAGAGGUGAUCGAUAUGAUUGCUGACCUGUUCAAACGAUUUGAUUACCUUAUUGAGAAACACAAGUGCUAUAAAGUCCUUUCCCUAAUGGACGGAUACCUCGUAGUCAGUGGAGCUCCAAAUCCGAAAACCAGUCAUGUUGAAGAUAUGCUCAAUCUCGCUUUGGGUUUCGUAUUCUCUGGCAAGAAGGUUGAUGUUCCUGGAAUGAACCUUACCGUCAGGGUACGAGUUGGAAUAAGUUGCGGGCCGAUUGUUGCUGGUGUGGUCAGCCAUGAAAAACCGAGGUACUGCAUUUUUGGCCAAACGGUCAACGUCGCAAAACAAAUUCGAUCUGCAAGUUCACCUGGAAAAAUCCUCGUUACCAAUACUGUUCGCGUGUGA